UAUUAGCUAAAUAAUAUAGAAAAAUGGCUCUAUUAAGAAUUAUAGGAUUUGAACAUUUAAAACGAGUAUUUGAAAAGUUAAAAUCCAAAUGGGAAGAUCUUGAGAAGAUUCCAGAAUGGCUCGUCCCAAGGGAAGACUGGGGUGCAAAACCACCAAAAAUCUAUGAAAAUAGUAUAAUGGACGACGUGUUAAACUACCCAGUUUCCUACGUAGUCAUUCACGAUACGUCAAACUAUGAGAAUCCUGGAAGGGACUCUGAGAAAAUCAAAGCGAUUCUGAGAGAAAUGCAGGAAGACCACAUGACUGAAGACUACUUAGACUGCGACGAUAUUAUGUACAAUUUCAUAGUUGGUGGGGAUGGAAAGGUCUAUGAAGGUAGAGGAUGGACCAUGGCUGGGGAACACACUCAACUGCGCAAUCUUGACAGUAUCGGAGUAGCCCUCAUAGGAGACCAUAGGGGUAAGCCUCCAAUAGGUGAUUUGCUCCUAGCCACACGGAAACUUAUAGAAGAAGGAAUGAAGAAGCGCUAUCUGAAAGCAGACGUGAAGGUCGUCAACCAUUCUAAGCUGGUCAGAGGUGCAAGAUGCCCCACCAAGCAUCUUCACCAAGCAGUGGAGAGGGGGGUGCUUCAGCCGGACCCCGAGGAGGGGGAAUGGGCGUGGCUCUGGACAGCUAAGAGGUGGCUGAACCUACUACCACAGAGGGCUAUGGAUCACAUCAGGGGGCAGAUAGACUUUUGGAUUGAUGAGUGGAAGACGUGCAGCACUCGUCAGUUCUUUAACUUUUACUGGAACAAUUAA